AUGGCCAAAGCAGUGAACUCCAGUCGCUCGCCGGAGCAGCUCAAGGAAGACCUAGAACGAGAGUUCUUGUCGCCCCCGGCAACAUUCAGUCCAGAAUGGCUGAACAGAUUGCAACAGAGAUGGGACUACCAGUCGCCAGGCUAUACAGACAUAUGUCAAGUGGCUCCUACACAGACCAGGACCAUUACGCGCUUCACCCGUGAAGGUCUAGAAGGCAAAGUGACCGGCUACAAACAAGUGACGGUUCCUGCAUCUAGUGCAACAGCAAAGAAUUCGACCUCACUGCUGCGGAGACCAGCCAACAGAGCCGACUUUGUGCGCGGCGCUGCCGGCUAUCUCCCCUUUGCCCCGGGUGGGUUGGACGGAGUGGAUGCCAUCCAGGCCUACGAGGAUCGAACGCUCCUUGAGGAAGCAAAUCAAGCAGCAAAGAAGAAAUCUAGUGCCCUUGAUCGAAUCAUCAACUUCAGUACCGAAGGUGGCCUUCUUGAGACCCCCCCGGGCUUCACGCGCGGCAUGAAAUUUACAGAUAAGAAGUCCUCAACCCAUGAUGAAGCCGCAGAUGUUGAGAAGACGUUACAAGAAGACGAGCAUGAAGUCACUGCGAACCUCGAGCGAGACGAGCCGAAUGGGGUGACAACACCUCCGCUAAACGGCGACACUUCGACCAGCGAUGAUGAAGACCAGGAUGCAGAGUUGGAUGACCUGCUUCCGGUUGAAUUUCCGUCUUUGGCGCCGCGAGGUGAAUUGACGUCUGGGUCUCUCAAGAAGCCCUCUAGGGAAUGGGCUCAUGUGGUAGACGUGAACAAGGACAUCCCUAACUUUCAUGAAUUGGUGCCCGAAAUGGCUCGAACAUGGCCCUUCGAAUUGGAUACCUUCCAGAAAGAGGCGGUAUACCAUCUCGAGAACGGCGAUUCGGUUUUCGUGGCAGCGCAUACAUCGGCUGGAAAGACGGUGGUGGCUGAAUACGCCAUUGCUCUAGCCGCAAAGCAUAUGACAAAGGCGAUUUACACCUCGCCUAUCAAGGCCCUCUCCAACCAGAAGUUCCGUGAUUUCAAGCAGGUGUUUGACGAUGUAGGAGUCUUGACAGGCGAUGUGCAAAUCAAUCCCGAGGCUAGUUGCCUGAUCAUGACGACUGAGAUUUUGCGAAGCAUGCUUUAUCGCGGGGCUGAUUUGAUCCGGGAUGUCGAGUUUGUCAUCUUUGACGAGGUGCAUUAUGUCAAUGACCUUGAGCGUGGUGUUGUGUGGGAAGAGGUCAUAAUCAUGCUGCCAGAACACGUCACUCUGAUUCUUCUGUCCGCGACAGUACCCAACACAUAUGAGUUUGCAUCCUGGGUUGGUCGCACCAAGAAGAAGAACAUCUACGUCAUCUCCACCCCGAAGAGACCUGUUCCCUUGGAGCAUUAUCUCUGGGCAGGGAAGGAGAUGUUCAAGAUCGUUGACUCUGAAAAGCGGUUUCUUCAGUCGGGGUGGAAAGCUGCCAACGAUGUAUUGUCGGGUCUCGACAAAGUCAAGGAGCAGAAAGCGGUCGAAGCGCAAGCGUCUGGUCGUGGUGGAGCUUCGCAGCGGGGAGGUCGUGGUCAACAAGCUCGUGGCGGACAGAAUCAACGCGGCGGAGCAAACCAACGAGGGGGCCCACAGCAGCGUGGUCGUGGCGGCCAAGUUCCCAACCGAGGUCAGGGCAAUAUUGCACGGACUGGUCGUGGAGGAGGCAGAACCACAGCAGCGCAGGAUCGGAACCUGUGGGUGCAUCUCGUGCAACACCUGCGCAAGGAGAACCUCCUUCCUGCUUGUAUAUUCGUCUUCUCCAAGAAACGAUGUGAAGAGAAUGCAGAAUCCCUGUCUAACCAAGACUUCUGCACUGCUACCGAGAAAAGCGCAAUCCACAUGACCAUUGAAAAGUCCCUGGCAAGGCUGAAACCCGAAGAUCGUGUGCUUCCCCAGAUCCGACGGUUGCGAGAGAUGUUAGGUCGAGGUGUCGCGGUCCACCACGGCGGUCUGUUGCCAAUUGUCAAGGAAAUCGUGGAGAUACUAUUCGCCAAAACCCUGGUCAAGGUACUGUUCGCGACAGAGACCUUUGCCAUGGGACUGAACCUGCCCACGCGGACGGUGGUCUUUUCUGGAUAUCGCAAACAUGACGGCCGGGAUUUUCGAAACCUCCUGCCUGGAGAAUAUACCCAGAUGGCGGGUCGUGCAGGCCGUCGUGGUCUGGACACAGUUGGGACCGUCAUCCUCGUCACACCGGGCCGCACGGAGGCACCCCCUGCGGCGGAACUGAUACAGAUGAUUACAGGGCCUGCCACGAAGCUUCGCAGUCAGUUCCGAUUACACUACAACAUGAUCCUCAAUCUCAUGCGGGUCGAAGCAUUGAAGAUCGAGGAAAUGAUCAAACGCAGCUUUUCGGAAAACGCCACCCAGGCGUUAUUGCCGCAGCAUGAGAAGGAAGUGGCUUUGUCUCAGGCCAAUCUGGACAAGAUCAAACGAGAGCCGUGUGACAUUUGUGAUAUCGACCUGGAGGCCUGUCACGAGGCAGCCAUGAGGUUUGAACAACUGACCAAGGAACUCCACCUGAAAUUACUCUCCACCCCGGUUGGCCGACGCCUAUGGACAGCACGGCGACUGAUCGUGUUCAAGAAGGAUGGGAUCCGCAAGGUAGGCGUCUUGCUCGAGGAUGGACUCCGAGGAGGCCCGUACCCUCAUUUCAACGUUCUGGAAAUAUCCGACGUCGAUGCAAAGCGGUCGACCCGAGACCUGCUACCGUAUCUGCCCUGUAUGCGCGCGAUGUUCACCCCUUUGCCGAAUGAUCCGGAACGAGUGAAAAUUGGACCUACCCAGGUGUCGUUGGACGAUGUGGAAUGCGUUACCCAAACAAUUGUCAAGGUCAGAGGCCCUCACUGGUACAUCAAAGUCGCGAAAGUUCAGCGGCAGUUUGCAGAAAAGGAUUUCGUCAAUCUUUACUCGUCCUGGACUUCGACGGCCUGGGACGAGCAGGAAUGGAGCAAAGUUCAUGAGUUGCAGGUUCGCGAGUUGCUGAUGGACCGAACCAAAAUGGCGCAGAUUGUGCAAAGCGCAAAGUGUCUCGAGUGUCCCAACUUUGUCAAACACUACGGCAUGCAGCACGACGAAUGGCUGAUCAAGGAAAAUAUCGAGUCGUUGAAGAUGUUGAUGUCGGACCAGAAUCUGGCCCUGCUUCCCGACUACCAGCAGAGAACCGAAGUUCUGAAAGAUUUGGGUUUCAUCGACGAUCAAAGCCGGGUCCAACUCAAGGGCAAGGUGGCUUGUGAAAUCCAUUCGGCUGAUGAACUGGUGCUGACGGAACUAAUUCUCGAGAACGUUCUCGCUUCAUUCGAACCGGAGGAGAUCGUCGCUCUUUUGUCUUCGUUUGUGUUUCAGGAAAAGACUGACAACGAGCCGCAACUCAGCGAGAACCUGAAACGUGGCAAGGAAGCCAUCAUCGAGAUUUCCGAACGUGUCAACCACUACCAAACUCUGCAUCAAGUCAUCUUGUCUUCGGACGAUGCCAACGAUUUUGUAUCCCGGCCCCGGUUUGGUCUGGUCGAGGUAGUGUACGAGUGGGCGCGAGGCAUGUCCUUCAACCGUAUCACCGAUCUGACCGAUGUCAUGGAGGGGACCAUUGUGCGUGUCGUCACCAGGCUGGAUGAAACGUGCCGAGAGGUAAUGAGUGCAGCUAGGUUGAUUGGUGAUCCCGGGUUGUAUCAGAAGAUGGAGAAGGCUCGAGAAAUGAUCCGGCGCGAUGUUGUGUUUACUGCGAGCUUGUACAUGUGA